GCGAAGGAAAAUCCUCCGCGGCAGCCUAGGGGGCACUCCGAGCUGGCGGCNGGCGGCGGCGGCGGCGGCGAACGGGAGGCGCCCAUCCCCUCGUACACCUGGGAAGAGAUCCAGAAGCAUAACCUGCGCACGGACAAGUGGUUGGUGAUCGAGCGAAAGGUGUACAACAUCACCCAGUGGGUCAAAAGGCACCCGGGGGGGAUCCGCGUGAUCAGUCACUACGCCGGCGAAGAUGCCACGGAUGCAUUUCAGGCCUUUCAUCCAGAUAUCACCUUUGCAAAGAAGUUUCUUAAGCCAUUAUUGAUUGGAGAACUUGCUCCAGGAGAACCCAACCAAGAUAGAGGAAAGAAUCCUCAGCUGAUAGAAGAUUUCCGUGCUCUGAGAAAGACAGCUGAGGACAUGAAGCUAUUCAAAAGCGAUCCUGUAUUUUUCUUCCUUUAUUUGGGUCACAUCAUUGUGAUGGAAAUUUUGGCUUGGUUAAUGGUAUCAUAUUGUGGGACGA